AUGCCUUCUGGUACGUUGUAUUUUAUCGAGAACAACCAGCGCUUCCUUCGAGGCCUUGAGCCCGAAGAUAUCGACAUCACUCUUUCCCGAGUCCUGGAUCUGGUACUCGAACAAUCUCCAAAGCACAGAGCCCACAUAAACUCUGAGAUUAAACGACAAAUGAUCGCAGCAUGGCAUGCCCAGCCCGCCUGGCCAGAAGUGCAGAAGGCGAUCCAAAGUAUCCGAGAAGAACUGGGUCUCGAGGUCUUUGUCCAUGCAAAUGGCACGACUCGUCUACAGCUCGAUCUGACCCGGUCCUCGGGAUUGAACUUCAACAUGUUAUUUUCGAGUCAGCUGUUAGGGGUCUACAAACCCAGCCCAUUCCAGGGCUAG